UAGAAAGUUUAUUACAUUUUCAGAAAUUUUUUUUUAAAAUUCCAUGAUAAAAAUUGUUAUCGGCAUUGAAAAAUUUACAUAUAAUUAAAAAAUACUCACUGCUGAAAAAAAACAUGUGCCAACACCUAAAGCAGUUUUAUUCUGACCUGUCAUCUUGUGAUUCAUAUAUUAGAGAAAAUAGUAACUAAAUAUGUUGUAAUAAAAUUUUUUUAAAUUAUUUAAUAGUUCUUUUAUUUUAUAAUUAUAAUUUUCAAUUUUAUUUUGAAGUGAAAAAUCGAAAAUAUUUAUGUAUAGGUUAUAAAUAGUAAUAGUGUAAUAAGUGUAUUUCGAAUAUAAUAGUUUAAUUGAAACGUUACUCCUAUAAGUAGUCAAAUAAUUUAAAUAUUUAUUUAUUUUUAUUGUAAAUAAAUUUCUUUUUUGAAAAAAUACUCUUUCCGCUUUGUAAAUAAAAUCUAAUCCAAUGGCAAUGUUACAAAAAUUGUAUUUGAUAUCAAAGCAUAUGUCAAAAUCUCCUGUUUUAAACAUGACGAGAAAUUAUGCUUUUAAUAGGACAAGGGCAAUUUAUAGUGUACAGAACAAAUUUCAAACUAGAAGUACAUGCACCACACAACCUUUUUUCAAAGAACAUGAAGUCAAAGUAGUAUUUGUCAGGGCAAAUGGAGAACGAAUUGAAGCCAAUGGAAAAAUUGGUGAUACGUUAUUGGAUAUUGUUAUAAAUAAUGAAAUAGAUUUGGAUGGAUUUGGCGCUUGUCAAGGGACAGUAACAUGUAGUACGUGUCACUUAAUAAUACCAAAAGACGUUUAUGACAGUUUGCCGGAAAAACCUUCCACCGAUGAAAUUGACAUGUUAGAUUUAGUACAUGAUUUAACCGACACAUCCAGACUUGGUUGUCAAAUUACAAUGACCAAAGAGCUUGAUGGACUUGAAGUAUUUGUACCUUCUAGUAUCAACGAUGCAAGAUCUGUAGAAUAAUCAAUUUACCAAUAGAAUGAAUUUACCACAAAUAAAUUAAAGAUAUUAAAAAUAUAUAAUAGUAUAAAUGAACAAAGAGUGCAGUGCACGGGAAAAAUUAUUAAAAUAUGUUUAUUGUUAUGUCACAAAAAAACAACUAACUGAAUAAUAUUUUUGUUAUAAAAAAAUUUUUAUCAGUGACUCGUUCAAUAGAAAUAAGGUAUUACUAACAAAAUAAUGAAUUUGUAAAUAAUGGAUUUGAGAAUAUUUACAUUGUUUAAUAAUUCAAUUUAAUUUUAUGUUAAUAAAUUUUAAUAAUUCAAUUUUAA